AUGGAUACUGUGGAUCCUGAUGAUGUUUUGGGCAAUGCAUCUUUCAAGCCUACAGUGGCGAACCCUUUGCCACCUACAGUUGACGAGAUGAAGGCCAUUUGUGAAUGGCUCAUAAAUGACCUUAAGGCCAAGUCUAUCAUCACCAUUGCCUUUCUACCUCUGUCCAACAGCUUAUUUCAACCAGUCAUAAGGUGGCUGCUUGUGAUGCCUAGAAGAUCCUAG